UUCAAGACAGCCAUCUUGCAAAGCGGAGUUAACGUCAAGCGCUUUUGUGUGUGUUAUUUUUUUCUUCUUGCAAAACUUUAAAAUUCGUUUAUUACCACAAAAAAAAUCUACUAAAAUUCAUUCAAAUUAUUAUAAAAUCUUUCGCAGUUUACUUCCUCAAUUAAAAAUCAAACUUAAAAAUGGUUUAAAACUUCAAAAAACUCACCAAUGCAUCCAUAAAAUCGAGAGGAGAGAAAACUUCAAAUCGAAGAAGAAAAAAAAAAAAAAGUAGCUAGAAAAAAAAAAAGUUCCAUCGACCCACAACGAAAAAAACGACGAAAUUUUCUUCGAAAAUUGUGAAAAUCCAAAAAAAGCAUUUAUACAAUUUGUUUUUGUGCUAAACUGUUCAAACGAAGAAGCUGAAGAAUUCAAAAAAGACAAAUAAUACAAGAAGAAAAUUAACCACAACAUAAGCAAAUAACACACAAUCAAGUAAAAAAUGUGGAACGCCGAUGCCAAACUUCAAACCACUCAACAGAAUGGCACCAAAUCGCUUUCAGCUAGUUCGACAUCGGGCAGCAGCGGUGGUUCUGGGCCUGGUAGCAAUAAAUCACAAACCGCACCCAAGACACUGGGAAUGACUUCGGCCAUAAGUUUGGCUGAUCCUCGUCCCGAGGAUAUCAUCAAAACAGACGAACUCCGUCAGACGUUAGAGCCGUACAAAGUAUUCGAAUCACAAGAUGAACUCAAUCACCGUAUGGAAAUCUUGGCAAAAUUAAAUACUCUGGUGAAACAAUGGGUGAAAGAUGUUUCAAUUGCCAAGAAUAUGCCAGAAGCGGCUGCCGAAAAACUAGGAGGUAAAAUCUAUACAUUUGGAUCAUAUCGUCUGGGAGUGCAUCACAAGGGUGCCGAUAUAGACGCAUUGUGUGUGGCACCACGUAACAUCGAACGAACUGAUUAUUUUACGUCCUUCUUCGAAUUGCUCAAGAAGCAACCCGAAGUUACGGAGUGUCGAGCUGUUGAAGAGGCCUUUGUGCCAGUUAUUAAGAUGAAUUUCGAUGGAAUUGAAAUUGAUUUACUGUUUGCGAGAUUAUCACUCAAAGAGAUACCCGAUGAUUUCGAUUUGCGAGAUGAUAAUUUAUUGAAAAAUCUUGAUCCUAGAUCGGUGAGAAGUUUGAAUGGUUGUCGGGUUACAGACGAGAUACUCAGUCUUGUGCCGAAUAUUGAAAAUUUUCGUUUGGCAUUGAGAUCAAUUAAAUUGUGGGCUAAAAAGCAUGGAAUCUAUUCAAAUUCACUUGGAUACUUUGGUGGUGUGACAUGGGCUAUGCUUGUUGCACGCACUUGUCAGCUAUAUCCGAAUGCAGUUGCCGCAACUUUAGUUCAUAAGUUCUUUUUGGUCUUCUCCAGAUGGAAGUGGCCAAAUCCAGUGCUACUAAAGCACCCAGAAAAUAAAAAUCUGAGAUUUUCUGUAUGGGAUCCACGGGUAAAUGCAGCUGAUCGUUAUCAUCUGAUGCCAAUCAUUACACCCGCAUACCCUCAACAGAAUUCUACAUUUAAUGUGUCGGAAUCGACAAAAAAAGUUAUUUUAAAUGAAUUUAAUCGUGGAAUGUCGACAACAGAUGAAAUAAUGCUUGGACGAGCCAAAUGGGAAAGGCUAUUUGAAGCUCCAAGUUUCUUCUAUACUUAUCGUCAUUUCAUAGUUCUACUUGUUAAUUCAAAAACUGCUGAAGAUCACCUUGAAUGGUGUGGUCUAGUUGAAUCGAAGAUUCGUCUUCUUAUUGGAAAUCUAGAGCGUAAUCAACAUAUUUCUCUAGCACAUGUUAAUCCAAAAUGUUUUGAAUAUAGGAAAGGCGAUACAAAAUGUCAGAAUAGUGGAGGAAAUAGCAAUCUUUCAAAUUCACAAGAUAAACAUCCAGUUUCGGAUGCAUCAUUUUGUUCGAUGUGGUUCAUUGGUUUGGAAUUUGAACGCACUGAAAAUUUGAAUGUUAAUUUAACAGAGAAUAUUCAAAACUUUACAGAGCAUGUUAUAUCACAUGGGGUGAAUAUAAAAAUGCUGAGAGAAGGCAUGACCAUAGAAGCUCGUCAUGUAAAACGCAAAUUACUUAGUUUGUAUUUGGAUGGGGAAUAUCUGAAACGGGAACGACGCUCUAUGGAGAGUCAUAAUAAUUUUAAUAAUUCGAUUUUAGCUACUAGAAAACGCUUGUCCUCCGAGUUGGAGAAACAACCAUCGUUAAAUAGUAUUGGUGGCAGCAGUGGUGUUGUCUCGAAGCGCAGUAGAAAUAGUGAAUCACAAAAUGAAGAAAAUUCAAAUGCAUCGUCAGGCAAUAGUGACUCAGCAAUGACUCCGUCAACACCGACUUCAACAACACAAUCGCCGCCACAAUUUCCAACAAAAUCCAACACACCACUCAAAAAUGGCAGCGAUGAUAGUCCACAAAAGUCAUCGGACGAUUUAUCAUCAACAACUGCAAGUAGUGUUACCAGUACAACAGCAUCAGCUGCUGCCUCCAAAGUUGUUUCAAAAACAAACAAUCCAGCAACAACGACGACUGAAGUUGCUUGCUCGUGACAUCAUAAAUUCAAAAGAUCUUUAUCAUCCAUAAAUAAUAAUUAUAAUAAUAACAACAAUAAUAACAACAACAAAAUGAACAAAACUGCUGCCACCGCUGCCAAUUCUACUACUUUUACUACUGUCGCUGCUGAUACUACUGCCGCAAGUAAGAGUAAAGAGGGGGAACCGAUUAUGACGACAAUUACUUUGUAGUAACAAGAGAACUUUAUUAAAAUCAACAACUUUAAAAUAAUUCGGAACCCAAAUACGGAACUAGCAGCACCUACCGCAUCUGAAAACAUCUUAGUGUGGUUAACAGCAGGAUCAAAAUAUAUAUUAACCUGGCAAAAGAAUAAAAUAAAACAAACAACAUCAACAAGAAAAAAUAUUUUUCAGGUACAUAAAUUUGCCUUCCAUAAAUAAAUAAUUUA